CUUUUUAAACACGAUUUUUACGUCUUCAUGUUUUAUGGCAGGUUUACACAAUGUUGGGAUUUACUGUCGUAUCCUCAACCAGAUGUUUUAGUUUUAAUGUGUAAUUUAUGUGCCGUCUGUUUGACAGGAAGCCACUUGCAGCGACAACAAAUGAGUUACUUCGCGCUCUCUUCCUUUCUGAGAGAACAUCUGUGGCAAUGCAUUAGUUUUUGUCUUUAUGUAACUCUAAGUAGAACCUACUGAUUUGUCUGUUUGCCAAGAUGGAACAAAGUCUUUCUGAUCUUCUCAGUGAUGCAUUUUCAGAGACGUGUGUUCCAUCAUUCCCGGAUGAAGAUUUGGACUUUGAUAAAUUAGACUUUGAUGAAAUGUUUGAGGAAGACAAGACAGACAUCUCUCAUGAAAACAUACCAACAGAGGAAGACAAGUCUCUGCACCAGGAAGCAAUGGGUGAAACUGCAGUUUUAUCUAGAAUGGAAACUAAAGAUAUGCACAAGGUUGAAAACACUGAUCCUGAGCAGUAUGACGAAGAAAACGAUGAGGAGGAUUUUCAAGGUGUCGACGUCGGUCUCGCGAGCAUGGACAGAACACCAGAGGAGGAUUACACAAGCUCGGACGGAGAUUCUGAGCAGGAAGAUUCUGUCUCUGGAGAAGACGAAGAGGAUGAGGAAGAGGAUACGGACACAGGAGUGAAACCAGGGGAUUUGUUGAUGUCAGCUUGCAGCAGCUAUGAGUUCUGCUGUGAUAAUAAAGAGGACAGGAUCUUUGCUGAGGGACAACCUCCGGCCCCUGAGGGUGAUGAAAACCCUCAAGUUAGAAACGAGGAACAAGGUGAGGGUGAGAGCAAUGAGGAGGUGUCCUAUUUUGGGCGAGUCCCUGAAUGUGGCAAUGAGAUGAUGAUAAAAGGUGAUGUGACCGAAGAGGACGAGCAAGAAGGGGAUGAAGAAAAGAGAGAGGACUCGUCUGAUUCUGAGUGCGAGGGCAUGAAAGUCGAACAAGAAGAAAAUGUUGCCCAGCGCUUUGAGCAGGACGUUGAAAAUCCUUACAGAUGUGCUCCUGCCGCAGACACUUUGGAGUUUCAGGAAAGAUCAGUGCAAAAUCUGCAGGAUCUCAUUGUUGAAGCUGAUAGUGAGGAGGAUGCAGAGGAAGUGAAGGACUUCUCAGGGGAGGAGCAUCAAGAAGCAGGUGAGAGUUUUGCAGAUUAUCCCUCAGACUUUUCUUCAUGUGAAUAUGUAGAAGAUAGAGUCAAACAUCCAGAGUGUAAUUUCCAGUCGAACGCCUUGCCCCAUACGUCCGACAGCGGUUCAGAUGCACAGCAGAACAUCUGCCUGGAAGGAGCUGUGACCGAUAUAACGUGGAUGAGAAGCGAGGAGGGCACUGAGGAGGAGGGAGACGAGUAUCUGUACAGCAGAGAUUUGGAAAUGGAGGCCGAAAAGUUCAGGAGUUUCGAUCUGGCAGCUGGAGAAAAAUACAGAGGAAAAACAGAGGCUGUUGAGAAUGUGUUGGGCAACGCAGCUGUGACGGGGUGUGUUGAUGUUGAGAGCGACUCCUACAGCUCCAGUGACGAUGAGGCCCAAGUGAGGAAGAGAGAUGAGGAACUCGUAGAUAGCAUGUGUCUACAAGACCCUGAAAACGACAAGAAACUGGAGGACACUUGGCUUUACAGCACGAGCAGUUCUGCGUUUUCCAUGUGGAGCAUCUCUGAUGACCAACCCAUCACAAACAACAGAGAGAAUCCACCAGAUCUCAGCACAAACUGGGAUUUUGAAGUGUCGAAAACUGCUUUCGCUCUGUGUGGAGACCUGUCAACCACAGAGGACAUACAAACGGAAACACCUCUGUCAAGUGUGAGUCAGCGUCCUGCAGAAAGCAACAAUAGCUACUCAGUGGUACAGAGAGAUGAUCACAAAACAACAAGCCCCUCCUACCAGGGGUCCCUGGAUGAUAGCUUCUUCUUCAACACUGAACUAGAGGCCUCAGGGAUCACUGAGCUGGGACAGUUGGGAGAUGACGAGUAUGAGGAUGAGAGGAACUGGGAACAAGAGCAGGAGAGAAUCAAGGCUUUCUACGAGUUUUACGACAGCGAAGGGGAAAAUGAAAGAGAAGAGAGGCAGAUAAAAGUUCAGUUUUGUACAGAUCCGUUGUCUCAAGUGAUUCACUAUGAAACUGACAGCGACAGAGAUUCACUCAGCAGCUCCACAGACAGAGAUGAGGACCUGAGCUCUACAGAAACAUCUGAAGAACUCAGGGAGCCCGACGACAACACCCUGCAAAUGAUACCUGCUUGUGAUCCCCCAAACACUCAGCUGCCAGAGAGUGUUCCAGAGAACGAUGUCAGCAACACACAAAUCUGUACCAGAAAACACAAGUGUCUCGGCAUGCUGAAGCUGAUGCUGAAGAUGGGUCUGGUGAUAGGGGUGGGACUGCUAACUUUCUGGUUGGCCACAGACCAACCAGACUGGUUCAGCCAAGCCUCAUUCUUCCAGGGAUAAAGCUCUUUUUUAUGGCCAUCAUAAAGUAUUUGUAUGCUCACACUUCAUGAAAACAAAAAUCAAAAAUGACAAUACUGAUUUGUAAAAAUGCAGUGUAAAGUGCAAGAUGCUGAAAACUUGACAAUUUUCUGUAAUAUGCAAUAUUGUGCUUAUUAAAGAUUGAUCUUUGUUUAAAAUGAUGCUGAUGUAUUUGCAUGAACUGCAGAUGAGUCAUGUCCUCAUUAA